AAGACAGCUAAAUGUAAAAAGAAAUUACGUUUAGAUUGUAAUGCCUCCUUUUAGCUUACAUUGUACAUUGAUGCAAAUUAAGGGUUUAAAAUCCCUUGUAAUUUAUAGUUAUUUGACAAAUGGAAAGCUUUAUUUCUUGUUUCACUAAUAAAAAAAAAAGAGGGAGAGAUUGCGCCAACUGCGUUUUAUUUUGAAAAACCUAAUUUCUACCGGCGGAAAAAUGGCUCCUCCGUUGUAUCUCUGAUAAUCGCUCGACGAAACAAAAAUGAUGGCGGAAAAUGUGUUAUAUGUAGAAAUAAAGUUCAUAUUGGACACGCUCGUAGAGGCUGCCGUGGACGUGCUGGGGGUUUCAGGGCGACAAACCGGAAACGCGAAGAUGGAGUCGGGCUUUGGCGCCACAGGGGAGAUGUUGUCCAGGGAGACGAGCAGAAAGAUCUGCUGCGUUUUCUCGCAGAUGUCGUCUCUUCUGCUCUCGGAGAACUCCGCCCUGAAGGCUCAGCUGGAGCGGCUGGAGGCCGAGCUGCAGAGCGCGACCAGAAACGUGGAGGACGCGCGGCGGUGGCGGGAGAGCGUCCUGAGCGGCUGCCCCGUGCUGUUCCAGCAGAGCGGCCUGCUCUUCCGUCUGAAGCCCUUUGGAAGGCUGAUGAGGAGGACGGAUGCACAGCAGGAGGAUGGAGAAGAUGAAGAAUCCUCAUCUGCUGCUCAGGUGGGCCGAGAUGACGGUAAGUUACUGGAACUGAGAAAUAACUUUGACAAAGUGAUCAUUUACAGUCUGGUUAAGAAAAUCUGAAAUAAUUAAAAGUUGAUGAAAAUAAUUCCAUCAACUUUUCAAAACCUGUAUUUGACUUGACUUCUUGGGUUUUUCUAUUAUCAGACACGGUUGUGUUUUUUCACAUACCUAACAUGUUUCGACAUACUCAGAAAUGCAAUUUUAAUCUGUAAUAUUUAUAAUUAACCAUUAUAUUUUUCCUCCAUCGUAAGAAAAAGGCCACAAGGCCAUGUUAAAAAGCCUAUUUUCUUUGGAAUGGGUCUCUAAGUUAGGAGUUGAUGUCCUAAAACAAUUGGUUUG